AAUAAACAAACGCGUUAUAAAUCCACCCGAGGACGGUCGCCGACGAACCACUUCCCAAACCAAAGUCUCGCUAACAAGUUCUCUUUUUCAAAUCGUGCAAAAUAAUUAGUUUCUGUGUUGUUGUUUUUUGUUCGCACGUUGUUCGUCGUUGUGUUGUGUGGAUUAUGUGAAUUAGUGCUGUGAGGAACGACUUUUCCUCGGUCUUCCGGACCUGAACUUUUUUUGAUGCGUCUGUUGACCCCACGAGGCGUGAUGUCGCUGAGCAAAGGGAUCAGACACUACCGGAAGUGCAUGUGCCAACAAACAAGGCACAUAAAUGCACAAAAAUCCGUGAAUGAUGGAGCGCUGGAAGCAACUCUAAGUAAAUUGAAAAUGUCACCGUCACAUGUGAAAAACAAGUCCUUGAAUGAUUGGAAAGUGAUUGUAACGGUGAAAAACCUUCUGAUGAGACUAUCAAAUGAAAAAAUGUUACCGCUGAAGAAUGAUUGGUAUUUAAUGCUUCAGAAGUUCCCAAAACUAACAGGUGUCACACAGAUUAAGUUUAAAGGUACUGACAGUUUGGAAUCGGCUGCCUCGUUAGUUAACCCAGCUCUGAAACCAGCUCAGCAGUCAGAGAUCACCAAAACUAGUGCUGCUGUACCUGCAGCCGUGCCUCCUGCAGAGGAUGCAGACAAAAGCAGGUUACCCAAUGUUUUCCACGGACUCACGCAGAGAUUGGCAUCCAGUCCUUCGGCAACAACCGUCCCUGCCUGGGUGACUGAUUCAAAAACGAAGUUAAUGAAAGAGCGAACAGUAAUGCGAACGAAACACAUUAUCACAUCAAUUUCCUCAGCCGUCACAAUUCAGUCUAGAGUUAAACGAUUAGAAGAUCUAAUCGACCACCUUAGGGAAUAUCCUGAUGCACAAAUUGUAGCUGCUGAGUCUGGCGCCAUCAGUUUACUGCUUCAGCUGCAAAGGCGGAUGAAAGAUGAUGUUUCACAAGCAAUUCUCAGGGAAAGUUUAGCUCUCGUCGGUUAUUCACCUCCUCUCCCGAAAAAAGGAAUUCGGAUUUUGUGUAUUGACGGAGGAGGCAUAAGAGGUUUAGUUGUCAUUGAAAUUUUGAAAGAAUUAGAAAGGCUGAGUGGACAAAAGGUUCAUAAACUAUUUGAUUACAUUUGUGGAGUAAGCACCGGUGCAAUUAUCCUAUCACUGAUGGGCCCUCCCACAGGAAAGAGCCUGUCAGAAAUAUCUGAUCUCUAUAAGGAAAUGAGUAUCCAGCUAUUCAAACAAAAUUCUCUUCGGGGUAUGAGUAACUUGGUCAUGACUCACGGCUACUACGAUUCUACUUUCUUUGAAAAAUUGUUGAAAGAUUAUGCUGGUGAAUUCAUGCUUACUCAAACUAAUAGAGAUCCCAAUUGCCCUAAAUUGGCUUCCAUUUCCGCUGUUGUCAACAAAAAACAGUUAGUUCCUCAUAUUUUCCGCAACUACUCAUUACCCCACUCGAAGAAAUCCAAAUACAUCGGAGGUAACAACUAUCGCAUUUGGGAAGCUGUGCGAGCCUCUGGCGCAGCUCCAACUGUCUUUGCAGAGUUUCCACUUGGAGAAUUCUUGCACCAGGAUGGCGGUAUCAUGGUGAAUAAUCCAACCGCUGUGGCAAUUCAUGAAGCAAGUUUGCUCUGGCCAGACAGUGAAAUUCAAUGUGUUGUGUCCUGCGGCACUGGUCGUCUGACUCCGAUCAAAACCCUUUCAGAUGAAGUUUCGGGACUUGCUUCAUCGUCCUGGAGGCAGAAGUUUUACAGGAUACUUGAUAGCGCAACUGACACAGAAGCUGUGCAUACUGCUCUUGAGGAUACGCUUCCCAAGUCAGUUUAUUUCCGAUUCAACCCAUUCUUGUCAGAACUCCUGGCUAUGGAUGAAAUUCGUCCAGAAAAAAUCAAGCAGUUGUUAGAAGAAACUGGAAUGUAUCUACAGCGAAAUGAGGAUAAGAUGCGGUCAGCCUCAAAGGCACUGCUCGAAGAAAAAACCAUGGUCCAAAAUAUUUUGAACUUCCUCAAAGUUCAAACCAAAACACUUGGCAUACAGAAGUAAGCCCUCUACAAAUUACCUUUUGAAAUUUAUCUUUUGGCUGUUUCAAGUUGAUGAUUUUUAUUCAGACUUGCCCGAUUGUCAAGUAUACUGACAAUCUGCAAGUUAACAUAAAUGAUCUCUUCGUAAUUUUAUUUUUAGCUGUAGAUCAUAAUAUUUUGUAAAUUUGUAUUGAGCAUAAUUUUGAGUUAUCUGUGUACCAUUAGAUUUUAACUUAUGACCAGUAAAUUCAUCUCUUAGGGAAUACCAAAAAUUGACCGAUAGGUAUUCAAUUUUGUAACUCUUCACCCCCAAAGACAACUUUUCCCUUUCAACAAAUUGACAGUUGUUGUGAUACCAAAUUGUACUUCUUAGCUCCCUGGAUAAAUCCUCCUAAGAAAAAAAGCCCGGUCUGUUAGGUCUGUAAAUCCUUUACACUUAUCCUAAAAGCCAAAAGAAUUAUAUUAAUAUGCAAAGUGUCAAGCAUACUUUCAUUUUUCAAGCGAUACAAGUGUAAAUGUUCUUAUUUAGAGGGUACAGCAAUUUUUCAGUAGCAUUUCUAUGUGCUGUAAGGUUUGAUUCUUACCUCACCUGUUGUUUUUUCUCAAAGUUUUAUCCAACUAUUAGAUCUGAUUUGUUUCAAAAGCAGCUUUCCUGAUGUAAGGUUUUACGCGUAAAUCUCAUUCUGCUCAAUUUUUUAAUGCUCUUUUGAUUUUCUCAUCAAUUGUAGAGACAUCGGUGUGAUGAUUUGAUUUCAAUGUAUGUGUAUGAUAUACGAUUGUAUCGAGCAAAAUGAGAUUUUGACUGAUAAUGAAGAGAACAUUUAUCCAAUUUGUGUGAUAAAUAUUGUUCUCAUCCCACUGUGAUAGCUUAUAGAAUGUGAGCAUACCUUCCUAUUAGACUAUUUGAAGGUAACGACCACUAGCGAGUGAAAUGUUUGAUCCUGUUUUUUAUCAUGAUUUUCUCAACCAUCAUUUCUUGAUUUUUUUGCAUAGUAACAUUAUAGGUACUGAAUAUUAUGUAAUAAAUAUGCUUUAAUGUUACAUUCGCCACAAUGAGUUAAGAGCCAAAUGAGAUUACCCCUGCUCUCAUUAUGUAAAAGUUAAUAUAAUUAUAAAUUGAACAUAGAUUUGAAGCUUAGUGCUUUCAGCAGUUGAUUAAUGUCCAUGUUUUUAACCCUGAAAAGCUUUUGAAAUUUCUAGGACUUGGAGCUCUCUUUAUCAAUCAGUUGUUUUGUUUGAGAAGUAGGUAUUGUACUGCAAUGCAACACACCGAUAAAUUCAAACUUGGAAUGGCAAGCAUCACUCAAUUAGAUCGUUUCGAAUCCUAGUCAGUAUUUUAUGCAAAAUUAAGAUGUUAACUCUGUUACUUUUAUAAAUAAAUCAUUUUUCUUUUUGACCUAAAA